CCGUCCGCGUCCCGCCCGCCCCAGUGGGCUCCGUCACGCGGAUGACGCCAACGGCCUCGGAUUAUCAUCACUGUGUGUGGUGUGUGUGUGUUGGCCGUCAUGAAAUAGGUACCAUAUGGUGGUGGCUUUCUGCCUCUUUCUACAGCGUCGGGGCGUCAGCCUUCUCCCUUUGUGGUCCCUGUCACGAGACCAGAGUAGGAUUUGAACCUGGCACCUUAACGUUUUUGAAUGGUGGAGCAUUUCCUAAUGAUUUCGAGGACUUAAUAAACAGCGCCUGUUAGGUCCGUGACUCGGCCCCUGUCAGUGUAGAUGGGCUCUGCUCGUGUAGGAAAUGUGUGCUGGUUCAGUGAUUGGCCUGUCAGCCGCUCCUUCACAUUGUCAGUGUAUUAUUACAACAACAAUAAGAGAUUCUUAGCCUAACUUUUCACAAAAACAACCGUGGACAGUGGUAAAAGCCCAGCUUACUUAUGUGGGAGGAUUUCCUUCCUCUCUCGCGUUUUCGACACGCCCCUCCGCCGCCCGCUGUGUGUUGUUGCUGGGGCGCCCGGGGCAGGCCAGGCUGUAGGAAUGUUGUUGUGUGUGAUGCGUGCCUUGCCUGCCUUCCUUCCUUCCUCCUAGCUGCGUGCUCUUAACCUGAACCAACGAGAGGCCUAGUCUAGCGGUGGUGGGAGCGAUUUCCUUCUUGUUGUAGUGUUUCGUGUGCCUCGUGAGAAAUGUGGUGGUUGGAGGUCGGCUGUUUGCGAUGUUCGUCGCGUUUCGAGCUGUGUAUGUUCUGAUGAUUAAUGUUGGGAGCACAGAUUUUGACUGUGUGUACGAUCACUGAAUUUUAAGUGUCUACUUCGUGGAUUUUGUGCCGACUGUUUUGACUUGAUUCUUGUUAUUACUCUGAUGUGAUGAAUUGCUUCGGGCAGACCACUGCUUGAAGGACAUUUAAAGUGCUCAGCUGAAAUUGAUGCCCGUACUUCUACUGCGAGCACUGUUGGAAUUACAUUACAUUGUAGUGUGUGUCCCUCAGACGUGGAUCAGUUCUGAAGUCAUUACUUUUCGUGCGUGUAGAGCGAGCCCCUGACCAGACAACUUGAAGAGAGAGAGAGAGAGAGAGAGAGAGAGAGAGAGAGAGAGAGAGAGAGAGAGAGAGAGAGAGAGAGAGAGAGAGAGAGAGAGAGUGUGCAGAGUGCUUGGAGUACCCAGAGGCUAGAUACCUCAGUAGGAACAAAGACGUUGUGUAGCCUUGCGUCGUCGGCCGGAGAAGCAGUCUCGUCGUAAGCAGUGAGUGGUGCUGUGUUGUGUGGACAGGCACAGGGCGGUCAAGCGUGUCCGGUCAGCGGCCCACGUGGGCGUCCCUCCCUCCCUCCGCCGCUGUGGUCGUGGUGGCGCUGGUGGUGGUGGCCUCCUACCUCGCCCCCGGCGGCCGGCCUGUGGUGGCCGUGUGGCGGGAAGCUGGACUCGGGCCUGGCCUAUGGUGAGGACAAGGAGUCUGUGGGCUGUGGCGAGCUGCCGCCGGCCACCACCUCCACAACCACCACCUCCCCCUCCACCUCCCCCGCCGGCAUCAGCAGCGGUAGUGUCGUGGUGGGCCAGGCGAGGGGCAGUCUGCACAUGCUCCCAGGAGACGUCUUCUACUAUGCUGCGAACUCGAGCGUUCUCUGCGUGCAGAGAGACGAGCUACUUCAGCCUCCCCAAGAGCAGCAGCAACAGAAGAAUCUCCACCUGAAUCCUGCAGCUCCCGUGUUUCGCCAAGCCGGACCAGACAAGGGCCGCAGCCAGACCGAGGGGAGUCCGUCCUCUGAGAGGGACACCACACAGGCAGCCACUACCGAGACUGCCGUCCCAGGUCAGCUGACGAAUGGUGAUGUCCAUGUGGUGUCUAAUGGACCCGGGUCAGGUUACAUGGUGUCUCUGCAAAGCGGAGGCAGCGCUCGUAGCGAUAGUGGCCAUCAGGCAACCGGAAGUGCUGGGGUAGUGGCCACCGCGGGUCUGGUUACAGGGGGCCAGGGACAACUGAUGACGGCCUCCCAGUCCACUGGUCAGCCUGCCACAAUGGUGGGGGUCACCCCUCAGCCCCAACAGCAGGGAACGUAUCAACUUAUGCAAGACACUGCAGGUGCUUUUCGCCAGCCGCAGUCUGCUGUUCCAGCAGUCCCCGUCCAGCAGCAGGUGGCUUUAGCGCAAGGAAAUGCAAAUGGCAGUAGUGAGACUGCGGUUAGUGAGAACCCGGCAUCCCAGCCAGAAGCUGCUAACGGUGAUGGCGACUCGCCUCUUGAUAACUCAGCUGUUGACAGUGACGACGAUGAACCAUGGGACGGAAUUGAGAAAGACUAUCCAGAGGAAGUGCUGUUGACCAUCAGGAGACAGAUCGAGUAUUACUUUUCAGCAGAGAACUUGCCCAAUGACAAGUACCUGAACCAGAACAUGGAUAAGGACAAAUAUGUGUCAUUGAAUGUCAUUGCUGGCUUCAACAGAAUGAGACAGAUUUGCAAAGACGGAAAGGGACAAAUGAUCCAGGCCAUCAAAUCUUCUUCUGUUUUAGAACUGAAUGAGAAGAAGAGUCGUGUGCGUGUUACUCAGACAAGGAAGACCUUGACCCUGCGGGGUUUGCCCCCUCGAGCCACCGAGGAUGAUGUGAAGAGUGUUCUCAGGGACAAUGACUGUCCAGUGGCCAUGCAUAUUGAAAACAUCAUGGUUCAGAAUAAUGUUUCGAACUGGUAUGUCAGCUUUGAGAAUGAGGCCCACUGUCUUGAUGCGUUUUUCAAACUGCAUGGAUCUAAGGCCCAGCUGAAUGGUUACACCAUUGGGUGCUGCAUCAAGUCAUCGGGCACCCAUGCUGCCUCGGGCUACUUCCCGUCCCAGGAGGAGACGCAGCAGCGCAAGAUUGCCCACGCCCAGCAGGGAGCAGCGGCCGGAGCCCCGCCGACCCCCAUCAGCCCUCAGACCCAGAGCCAGGCUGCCCUGAUACAACACCAGUACGGGGCCAUGCCCAUCCACCACCCGUCCUUCAUGCAGGCUGGACACCAAAGUCUCUAUUACCCUCAGUACAUAGGUACUGAUCUGUUUUUUCGACAGGGAGCUCACCCCCAAAGCAUGUACAUGAACCCCUACGUGCCCCAAAUGAUCACCCAGGGCUGGCCAGGGGCUGCAGGACUCGACCCCGGGCUUGUGAGUAUUGAGGCCAUCUGUUUGGCCUACAGGCAGAGAAGGGCGGCAAGCCAGCAGAUUAUGCAGAACAAUGGUCUUCAGCCCCAGCACAUCCGCACGCCGAUGGCUCGGCCGCACCUGGUGCAGAGUGGAAAUGCCCAGCAUCGAUUUGCCAAGCCUCCAAGAUCCAACAGACAAAGUAACCUGGAGCGCAGUGCGUCGGAGCGCCCGAGUGACCGGCCCUCCCAGGUGACUGUGUCGGGAAGCCAGGCCCGGUCGAGUCCCCGCAAUGCGGACGGCAAUGGCGGUGCCCUGGUGCCGCAGGGAGCAUAUGUGCCGCGACGUCACGACGAGGUGACGGCCGUCAUGCCCCAGCCCCCGGCCACCCAGCACCAGUACAUCACCCCGCUGGUAACCCAGCCUCAGCAGCAGCAGCAGCAUGCGUCGAACAGCGGCGCUGUGGUGGCCCCGAACCCCGCAGUGAUGGAUCCGGCUGCAGCCGCCACGGGCCAGCACUUCCAGCCCCAGCAGCAGCAUCACCAGCAGCCGCUGAUGGUGCAGACGGGACUGGGCGGCAACACCACAGGCACCGUGCCUCCCCAGACGAACAACCCGCCCCCGAUGGGACACCACCAGAGCCACCACCCUCAUCACCAUCAUCACCAGCCCCCACCACCACUGCCUCACCACCAUCACCAGCAACAGCAACAACAACAACAGCACCAUAGUCACCAUCACCACCCGCCGCCGCCCCAUCAUCACCAGCAGCAGCAGCAACCUUCCCAGCCAGGGGCCCCCCACCACCCUCACCCGCACCACCAUCACCACCACCAGCCCCCGCCCCCCCACCACCAGCACGUGUCGGUGAACCAGCACCACACACAGCAGCCCCCGCCCCAGCCGCCCCCACACCACCCACACCAACAGACAGGCCAGGGGGCGGGCCACCACCCCCACCACCAGCAUGGACUUAUGCCACCUCACCAUCAUCAUAACCAUCAGUUGCCCCCGCCCCCACCGGGCCCUCAGCAUCAGCAGCAGCAUCACCACCACCCACAACACCAGAACGCCCCCCAGGGUGGGAGGAAUGACAGAAGACCGAGACGCAAGAGAGAGGACAAUCCCAGGAGCAGUCGACAGAAUGAAAGGAAUCAGUCCAACAGAGCCAACUUCAGUUCUCAGGUUCCCCCUGUUGCUGACAACUUCACCAUGGAGGCCAACUCAUUUCCCCCCCUGCCUGGAGUUACGAGCAACAUCGCCUCCUCGGAGAACAUGUUUGAGAACAAGCUGGCCGAUGUUGUCCGUGGACGGCCCAGGUUGCCAGGUGGCACGAGUGCCAGCAGUUCUGUGGCCUCGUCUGUGAGGGCCACCUCCACCACCCCGAGCCCUGUGGCCACCCCUGCCCCAAACUCUGUCCCGGCGGCCGCGGCCUCUAUCUCCUCGGCCGGCACGGCGGGGAACACCACGGCCAGCCACCCUCAGUCCCUGCCCGCUCCAGCGCUGGUGGAGGUGCGGUCAGCUGAGGUGUGCGAGCCGGCGGCGGAUGACGAGGUCGCCUCUUCCUCACCCGAUGACGACGUCGAUGCUGGAAGUCAGGACGUGCGAGUGGCUCCGGAUGUGCAAGGAGCAUCGGACUCGCUUGGAGCUCCCUUACCUCAGAGAGGUCCUAAGGCUACCACACCUGUGGCCAACGUGGGUGCACCUGGCCAGCGACACAUGGAACUGGCUGGACGUCCCAGUCUGGGUCAGCCGGCCCCCUCAGUGCGGCCACAACCACAGCAGGCCGCCCAGCAGAUGGUCUCGCCAGUCUGUGCUGUUGCCCCUGCCGAAGCAAGUGGCCCCAAACUGUCAUAUGCUCAAAUAGCAGCUCAGAAGAACCGGGAGGCUGCUGGUAACAAUGGUGUGAAUGCUGCCGAACCUCCAGCAGUGGCCGCUGUGGUGGCCAACAACGUCCAGGCAACAUCUGGCGGGAACCCUAGUGCACCUCAGACUUGUGCUGCCCCUGGCGGCAAUUCCACGUACAAGGCCGCCCCCACUGGCAAUGGACUGCGAGAACAGCAGAUUGGCCAGCCACAAGCCAACCGUACCGUUCCCCGAGCUACCAAAGACAGCUCGCCCCGUGUGGAGGGCCCUCCCAACUCCCGGCCGGUUAAUGGAAGGAGAAACUCAAAGGAGAACCGGGCAGUAGCCGGCAAGUUUGACAGGAGGAAAGGGGAUGGCCGUGCCAAGUGAGGUGUUGCAUUGUCCAUCCCCUGACCCCGCCCAACCAUAAUGCUGCCAAACAACAUAUCUUGUGCAUCAGAUGCUGGUUGUAGACGUGACCAUUUGUCUCAUCACCUCACACUGAUGCAUGGAGGCCUUUUCUCUCUCUGGAUAUGACAAGUGCUUCAACUCAUCUUGUAGUUUUGCGUCACUUGUCAGAAGUGGUUGUUUUAAAACGUCAAUCUUUAUGCGAGCUUUCAGAGACUACUUGUGAACUCACGAUUAGGCUUUCUGGAAACUCCCAGAGAUUGUUUUCUGCAGAAGGCCGUGGUGGCAAACCUCUGAUAAAUCCUGUGAUUCCCAGUGCCCCGGCACGUGUACAGUAUUGUGUGAAAUGUUUUCAGUUGCAUGGAAUUUCUCUUUUGAUAGUGACGGGUUUCCGUUGGUGGAAGGUUUCUGUUGAAAAUGUAUACUUGAGAGAGUAUAUGGAGGAAGUGAAUGUGUGGUCUCAAUGUCACACCCCUAUCCCCCCACCCUUGUGUACAUACUUGAAUCGCACUAAGUAAGACAAUUGCUCUAUUUUUCUAUGUAAUAUGUUCCAUAAAGUUCUUUUCUAGAAUUGGGGGGAGGGGGGGGGGGAGGUAGGGUUGAAUUGUUCAUCAAGAAUGUGCUCAUUCUUGUGGUCGACUUGUGUAAUUUUGACUUUAAAUGAAAAAUCAUUCUUUACAAGUCUUGCCUCUGAAAAAGGGGGGGAAUGCACUUGAGAUCUCAAGAGAAGCUAUACCUAGCAAUGUUUUGAAUGGUGUUCUGGCUGUGUUGAUGAACUGGUUCAGGGUGAGGCUGGGUUGUUCUCUGACAGGGAUUCUGCCUUCUAGUCACCGGAGCUAUUGGACGUCCAGUGCACUGACCUGUUGCAUCAUGGGCCACCCAGUCAUCACUCUACAUCAGGAACGAUUUUGUUGUUUACUCUUGGACUUUCAGAUGUCUCAGUCACCAAGGCUUGUACCUGCUUGUAGCGAGCGACACCAUCACGCCCUCAUUACGGACACGUGCAGACAGUGUCACUUUGUGGUCAAGUCCUCGGAUCAGAAGGGUUCCUUUCCAGUCAGGGAGGGUCUGCUGUGAGGGGCAAAUAGUCUUGGAUUGGACACCAACAUGCUCAUCAGGAAUAUGAUAAGAGUGCUUUUGUCAGGGACAGUUCUUUCUGUGUACGCUGGUCAGUGGGGUGGAGGGUGGUGGACUGCAGAUGUCUGAUACCAACCUCCUGUCGUACAUGUUCACCGGACAUCGUUGUCGAUACCAACCUCCUGUCAUACAUGUUCAUAGGACAUCGUUAUCGCUGCUGCUGGUGGGAUAUGGGCGAGUGGUCAAACAUUCCCUGUGACGUAGCUAUAGUUCUGUAAAGGGAACAGUCAAAAGGCUACUCGGGGAACCACAGUGUUCAGGGGCAUGGCGUGUUCGUCUGGGGAAAACCCACUGCUGAGACGAUGUCCUGGUCAUACUGGGGAAUGUGUGGAGAAGCUCACCAGGACGUGCGUGCUCUGGCUCCAUGUAGGAUUCCCGACACAUGGCAGCGAGUGUGCACCUGCACUUGCUACUUGUUCUGCACCCUGUGAUGUUGGACUAGUUUUGCUUAUUCUAACAGUCACACACAGAGAGUGCUCAUGAUAUUUCCACAGUCUUUUUUUCAGCAUUUAGGGUACCGUUUGACCUGUGCAAUGGUCUCACCAAGCAGAGUGGACCCCUGUGUUCUCCCACCAUGUCGUGUUAUCCAUUGUGUGGUCGCGGUCAGUUGUUGCACAGUCACAAGAUGUUUCGAUGAGCCCAGUCCCAAUGGGUGGUGGUGGGAAAGGUACGCUGCCUUUCUGAAAGUGUAAGGCCAUCAUGGUGACAACGCCGCGCCCCCCCCCCCCAAAGUGAAGGGAAAGGCUUUGUUGAUGCGGCCAGUGUCCUACAUCUCGUGUUCCUCUGUUGAUCCAUUCUCAUGUUACUCAUAACAGGGCAUUGCCUGUUGAACAAUCAUCACUUUGGCGCUGAUAUUUUGUGUGCAUCUUUUCUGAAUGCCAAGAGUGCACACAUCCCAGAUAUUGUUGCAGUACUACGGCUGUUUGAAUCUCCUGCCUGGGUGUGGGGCCGACCGGCCUGACCCGUGACUGGCCCGUGCUGCAGGCCGGGGCUCAUGGGAGACGUCUGGGACAGACAGCUGGGGACCUGGAACCCCCCACAACAGUAUUACCACGGAGGACUGUCGUCAUGGGGAGGUGGGGCAGGCCGACUGCUGCUGAGCUGUGCCCUGGGAUCUGUGGAGACACGGGCAGGCUUGAAGGAGGCCAUGUCGACCCAACAGAGGCCUGGGCUUAUAAGUUUGCCUUGUUGCCGUUUGUUUAUACGGUGGGGAAUGUUCCUCAGGGUGGUACGUUUAGCUCAUAUGACCUUAUGCAGUUGUGAGCGCCGUAAAACCCCAUACUAUACCAUACGUUUAGCUCACUGGACCAGACUUAACCUGACCCAUCGGGUAUACGGUGUUCGUUUGAUCCGUCACGCGGACAAUGUGAUCCACCUGACACUGGGUCCACAGAGCUUGGAUCUUCCUUUUCCCCGCCACGUCUGUGAGAAGCAGACUUGAGAUCAGUCAUGACCCAAGACAGCCGUGGUGUCACAGAAAUACGCUGGUGCUUUCAUGAACUUACAUAUUACAGCUUUACUUGCAACGGAGAGAACGGAAAGCGUUGUGUCUAGGUUUGAGUGCUGUUGGAUUUCCUGCGUGGACAAGUUGUAUUGCUCAUUGACUGUUUUGCAUAUGAAGGAAUGAAUUAGUUAUAAGCUGUAUAACUUGGUUGUCAAAUUGUAUUUAUCAAUUAUUUAUUAAUUAACAGGUUUUAUUCGUAAUGAUCAUGUUGCUUUCACAUUGAAAAAUAUCCUCUUUCAUCUGCAUCCAACUCAUGAUCAGAUUGAAGAUAUGCUUCCAUUAAUGUUUUGUGGUGAAUGCCUUUCUUUUUGUACUCGGAACAAGCCAACUGUACCUUUGUAUUCAACAAUUGACACUUACCCACAAAAAAAUAUGAAAAAAAAAGAGGAAAAAGAAAAAUUUGUACAUAGUGGAUUGGUUAAUUUUCGCUUACCCUUGAUGUUUAUCUCUUUUAUGUAUUAUUUUAUGAAAUUAAAUUUCCCAUUUCAUUUCUGGCCUCUUCCAUCGAUUGUGUCAUGGUCCCUCUAUGGUGUAUGCUGAUGAUGCUGUUCUGAGGUACUUCUAAACAGGUCAUUCGAGGAUUUUGGCACAACCUUUUGCUUUUUUUUUUUUUUCUGGUACUAUUUUUUUUCUUUUGGAUUUUGAUGACUUUGGCAUUGGUAGGUUCAGUACUAUGUAAAUAUGUCCCCGUUGGUUUUGUUCAGUUUUUACAUAGGUAGGAGUUUGGUUCCACUUCUUCCUAUUGUUGUUUUCUCCUGUUUAUUUUAGCCGUUUUCUGUACACAGUUAAUAUUUUCUACAUGAGAGAUAUGCAGGGCUACCAGAAAGUGGAAAUGCGUAGCCGUGAGCUUGGUGCUCAAAGAUGUUUGUAAAUUUGUGUUAAUUAAAAGCAUUUCAAGCUUCUUCUUUUUUUUCUAAUAAGUUUUAUGCAGGCCGAGGGCCUCAUAACCACUACGUUGGUUUUUGUUGGAGUCUGACAGGGUAGAUAAAGCUGUUGGCAAGUUUUCUACGUGCUGUGGAAUAUUUUCGUGAAGGCAUUCAUUCACUUCUAGGGUCAGGUACAAGGUGGUCUUGUAGGUGGCCAGAGUAUUUGGCUUUUUUACUGUAACAGUCAAGGUUUCAAUGUGUAUGAGCAUUGUUGUAGAUAAAAGGACACUUCAUUUCACAUGAGUUGUGGAAGAAAAACAGAAUUGAGUCCAUUCUGUUGUCAGUUUUGUUUUUAGCUGGCCUGUGCUUAGGAAAGCUGGAAGGGAAAAAGUAGAGGAAAAAGGAAUUAUUUGGCUGGCUUUUUCAAACAUAUAUUUACUCAACUGUGCUACAAAUAGAGUAAAAUGUCUUUUCUUUCUUUCUUUCUUUUUUUUGUUUUGGUCCCCCUCUUAUUUUGCUUAUUGUCGUCUUCUGCCGUAUGUGUUUGAAAUUUCAGAAUGAAUUCAGAUGAAA